AAGGAGUGCGUAAAAUGCCUCUCGCGGUGUGCGUGCACGUAUAGAGGACCGUCUCGAUUGUUGUUGCCAUCGCCAUUGGCGUUGACCGCCGACGUUACAUAUGGAAAUUACUCUCGUACGAAUGUUGCUAGGACUAAUUUGGCUAUACGUGCAAUGUUACAUUAACAUUCGUGCCGAGAUCAGAGCUGCACAAUAGCUUCAGUCUGUUCUCUUCAUCACGGGCGCACGGUGUCAAUAUUCCGAAAACUUCGUUCACUCGAUCCUAUCGAAAUUUUGAAAAUUUCUUCUUUUCCAUCUCGGUUCGAAUGUCUUUUCCUCGAAUCGACUAAAUGGAAAUGUAAAGUAUCGUAAAAGAAUCAAGAGCACGGUCAUUGUGAGUGACUUAAGGAUAAAUAGAUUCGAUUUCGUUUGUGAUACGCGAGUGAUUCGCAAGUGUGAUUCAUGACUGCGCGAUGUGUUACGAUGAAAUAGAAUAGGUAGAAUAAUCAGAUUGAGAAGAAGGGGUCGACUUGCUUUCAGACAAGAUGAGAAGCGCGAACAGUUUGGACCAAUAUAACGACGAUGACUUCUUCAGCGGUGGUCCCUGCCCUUCUUGUCGCUUAGCCAUUAACAAGGAAACUGGUCGACUCAAGUUCGUGGUGCAUGGGCGGAAACGAUACUUGGCGCUUCCGAGUGAAAUUAAUGCUCCUGAUUCCCGCCGUGUUAUUGCCGAUCACUAUAAUUUUCAUCGCCCUCUCGAGGUCACAGGUGAUUGGCAAAACUCCUUAUCAUCGUACGCAUUUGAUCCACGCGACUAAAAGACAGGACGAGAGAACCGAGGAGACUUUUCCGCGUAAAAUUGUUAGCAGCGACCAGCCGCAGCGAGAUAGAGCGGGUAGAAGAAGAGGAAGAAGAUAGAAUCCUUAUACCUGAAAUGAAAACUUACUACGCGCCGAUGGAAUCUCUACUUUCGCCACGACAGCUUCAACGACGCAAGAGAGACCUGGAUGGGGUACAUUAUCCAAAACAAGCAAAUUCAAAGCGAUUCUACAAUGCGAUUCUACAGAACGCUCUAGCUAACUGAUACCAUUUUUUCUUCCUCCGCUUCUUAUUCCUUCUUCGCCCUUUUUCCAUUUUUUCCAAAAGAAAAAAAAAAAAAAAAAAAAAAAGAAAAAAAAAAGAAAAGAAAAAUUACACACAUACACAUAAAAAAAUUAAAAAUCAUCCUUCCUUCUUGAAUCUACGAUCGUUAGCUUCGAACAAAACAUAGCAACGAACACACACCACAGUGGCCCGUCAAUUGGCGAAAAACAAUCCCGAAGAAUAAUUAAUUUAGAGUACUUAUUACGAAAGGGAUCAAGCAAUAGAAGUAGACUACAACACUGAAAAAUCAAAUGAUCAAAAUUCCGAUGAAAAUUUGAACAAUUUCUUGGAUGAUUACUACUCUGAGAUGGAUGCCGAUGAGAUUAAAGGAAAAUCUGAUAUACAAACUAACGAUUAUCGAGAAUAUGGCGAGUACACCCAUGACUCUCAUAAAAAUGAAGAACUACGCUCCAAGUUCUUCAAAUACGACAAUAUUGAAGAACGUUCCCAAGACGAGUCGGACGAGGGCGAACAAGGUGGAAGACAUCAAAUUUCCAUCGAUGACUCGGAUUCCAGUUUGCCAAUUGAUGAUUAUCAACAGGAAGACGAUACUCAUACGGAUUUCCACGCGUUUUGGAAAGGCGAAGGAAACGAGUGGGCCAUCAGAGAGGCUCAAGCAAAAAUCAUGCUCAAGUAUAUGGACAAGAGUACUGAUCCUUGCGAAGAUUUCUACCAGUUUGCUUGUGGCAAUUGGGCGAGACACAAUCCUAUCCCUAAAGACAAAGCUGCCUAUGAUACGUUCGAAAUGAUUAGAGAAUCAUUAGAUUCUGUGUUGAAAGAACUUCUUGAAGAACCUAUAUUGAAAGAAGUUAUGUUGAAUACGGAUGAUGCUAUAGUCAAGGCUAAACAUUUGUUUCAAAGUUGUAUGAAUUACGAGAUCUUGGAGCAACGCAUGGAACGGCCGCUUAUACAACUUUUAGAUGAACUUGGUGGCUGGCCUAUAUUGAGACCCAACUGGGAUCCAGAAAAAUUCGAUUGGCUUCUUUUGGUUGCACAAUUGAGGCUUUAUAAUAAUGAUAUCCUUAUUUCGGAAUGGGUUGCACCAGAUAUUAAGAACAGCGAUCAAUAUGUUAUACAGUUCGAUCAGACAUCACUGGGUUUACCUACAAGAGAUUAUUUUCUUCAGCCAUCGAAUAUGAUUUAUCUGAAAGCUUACAAGAAUUAUUUAAUAAAAAUUUCUACUCUUCUGGGUGCAUCUUUGCAGAAUGCUACUAUGGACGCUGACGAAUUAAUAGAAUUUGAGACGAAACUUGCCAAAAUCACAUCAUCUCCUGAUGAAAGAAGAAAUCUUUCUGAAUUAUAUCAAAGAAUGAGUAUUGGAGAACUAAGGACUCUGAUACCUCAAAUUAAUUGGCAUCGAUAUUUAACCAUCGUUUUAGCUCGACCAACUAAUAUUUCUGAACCUGUUGUUGUUUAUGCGAUGCAAUAUAUCCAAGACUUGGUAAAUCUUCUUUCAAAAACUAGUCCGCGAACUAUCGCAAAUUAUCUUCUAUGGCGAUUCGUUAGACAUAGGGUAAAUAAUCUAGAUGAUCGAUUUCAAGAGGCUAAGCAAAAAUUUUAUUAUAUUCUCUUUGGAAGAGAACAAGCACCCCCCAGAUGGAAAAAUUGUGUAGCACAAGUGAAUUCCAAUAUGGGCAUGGCUGUAGGGUCAAUGUUCGUGAAGAAAUAUUUCGACGAAAAGAGCAAAAACGAUACAUUGUCUAUGACUCGAGAGAUACAACAGUCAUUUAAAGAGCUCUUGAAUCAAACUACCUGGAUCGAUGACGAAACGAAAGAAUUGGCCACCGAGAAAGUGAACGCGAUGCUGUUAAGAAUCGGCUAUCCUGAUUUCAUUUUACAACCUGAAUUGUUGAAUGAACGUUAUAAGGAUAUCGUGAUCCGUCCAGAUAAGUAUUUCGAGAAUACAUUAAAUAUUUUACAACAUUUGACCAGGGUGGAACAGGAUCGGCUUGGCAGCCCUGUUAACAAGACCCUCUGGAAUACCGCACCAGCAGUGGUCAAUGCUUAUUACAGUCGUAGCAAGAAUAGGAUAAUGUUUCCAGCUGGCAUACUACAGCCGCCCUUUUAUCACAGAUAUUUUCCACGGUGUUUAAAUUACGGUGGAAUAGGAGUUGUAAUUGGCCACGAAAUUACGCAUGGCUUCGAUGAUAAAGGUCGAUUAUUCGAUAAGGAUGGUAAUCUACACAGAUGGUGGAAAGAUGAAGCUAUUUAUGGAUUUCAUCAACGUGCCCAAUGUCUUAUCGACCAAUAUAGUCAUUAUAUUGUGCCCGAAGUUGGAAUGAAGAUUGAUGGAAUGAAUACGCAGGGGGAGAAUAUCGCGGACAAUGGUGGCAUUAAACAAGCUUUUCGAGCUUACGAAAAAUGGUUACGGUUAAACGAAGAUGCUGACGAAACUCUGCCCGGUUUGAACGCGACCGGAAAGCAAUUGUUCUUUCUCAACUUCGCUCAAGUAUGGUGUGGCUCGAUGAGACCGGAAGCUACUAGGAAUAAAUUAAAAACCGCGGUGCAUUCACCUGGCAAAUUUCGCGUAAUCGGUACCUUGUCAAAUUCGAAGGAUUUCGCGGAAGUAUUUCAUUGUCCUCUAGGCGCACCUAUGAACCCAAUUAAGAAAUGUUCCGUUUGGUGAUGAACAAUGUGCUUGUUAUUCUGCUAGUUUCAUCGUCAUAUCGAUCGUUAGUCGAUUUAAAUUAAUCCGAGCAACAUGAUU